AUGACUCAAAAUUGUAUCACAAUCAGAAAAGUGAACUCCGACAUUGUAGAAAUGCCAAAAAGUUAUUCAUAUCAUGUUGCGAGUGGUACUGCAGAAUGGAUUACAGCUUUAUCAUUUCUGAGCUUUCUCUUAUCAAUGGCAUGGGAAUUAAAAGAUCAUCGAGUACAUAGUGUAAAGUUAGUUGAUGAACAUACUCAAGUAGAAUUUAAACAACGUAAUGAGAACACGAAGAUUGUCUUCACCUGACAUCAGUGUUUAAAAUCCGGAUCUUGUUCUUUAUGCUGAGUGCAGAAGAUCUCCACACUGGUUUCAGGUUACUGAACGCCGGUUCUGGCUUUGACGUCCUCGUCUAUACCGCCUGUAGUUAAAACGAAGCUGCCUAGAUAGGUGACAGAGGCUACUUCCUUUAAGUUUCGCCCGUUGAUGGUGAUUGGUGCUUGUUGUGGUCAUUGUUGUUGUUG